AUGGACAAUGAACAUGUAACUGUAUCUCCAGCUAAAAAAAAUCCACGAGGAAAAUAUAUUGGGACUGGUCAAAGGAAAAUUAUCAUUAAUCUGAACAAAUACUUCGUUGAAAAGCAGUCUGAAAAUCCAGAUAGCCCCCGAUUGACCUACAAACAAAUGUUAUUAGAAAUUUCAAAGUCGUCGGGUAUUGGACAACAUACAAUACAAACCACAUUGUCGGAGUACAAAAAUCAAGGUACAGUUUCAUCGCCUUCCAAAGAAAGAAUUAGACCUACAAUAGUUCAAAAAAUAGACGAAUUUGAUAAAAACGCAAUUAGGCAAAAAAUUCACAAUUUUUGGAGGAACCGUGAAGUACCAACAAUUAAAAAAAUGUUGGUAGCCAUUAAUGAGGAUGAAACAUUGCCUAAUAUGAAACGUACGUCAUUCCAGGCAGUGUUAAAAGAUUUACAAUUUGAAUACCUGAAAAAAAAUCGUAAUAGUGCACUUCUCGAAAGAGAGGAUUUAAUAACUUGGCGCCGAAGUUUUUUAACCAAAAUAAAACAUUAUAGAGCACAAAACAGACCGAUAUACUAUUUAGAUGAGACUUGGGUUAACGCAGGCGAGACACACAGCAGGACAUGGCUCGACACGACGGUCAAAUCAUCACGUGAUGCAUUCCUUAAGGGCCUAACCACAGGACAAAAGGAACCCUCCGGAAAAGGUAAGCGUCUAAUCGUUUUGCACAUAGGAUCGUCAGAUGGUUUUGUUCCGGGGGGCCUUUUAUGUUUUGAAUCGAAGACCAAUUCAACGGACUACCAUGACGAAAUGAAUGGUGAUACAUUCUAUGAAUGGUUUGUACGUAUUCUGCCAUUAUUAAAAGAAAAUGCCAUAAUUGUGAUGGAUAAUGCCUCGUAUCACUCGGUGAAGAAAUGUCAAAUACCAAACAAGUCUUGGAAAAAACAAAAAAUCAUAUAUUGGAUUGAGAGUAAAGGUGAAAUUGUUACCCAUCCAAUUUGCAAAAAUGAUUUAAUGAAAGAAGUGAGAAGAUUAAAAGAUACAUACGACAAAUACGUGAUUGACGAAUACGCUAAAGACAAUAAAAAACUCGUAUUGCGAUUACCGCCAUACCACUGCGAGUUAAAUCCGAUAGAGCUCGCGUGGUCAACUGUAAAAAAUUAUGUCCGGACACACAACAGCACAUUUAAGAUAAAGGACGUACUUAAGCUACUAAAAAAAGGGGUGGAAAAUGUAACAUCAGAAAUGUGGACUAAUUUUAUUGGACAUGUCAUAAAGGAGGAAGACAAGUUUUUGAAUCUCGACCAUUUAAGUGAUGAAGUAAUGGACGAAGAACCCGACGAAGGAGAACGUCAUAUCCUUACCAUAGGAACAGGUGAUACGAGUUCUUCGGAUUCAGACUCAGAUUGA